AUGGUCAAACGCAAGAGAUCCAGUGCAACUGGAGCCGUGGAUGCUGUGAGGACAUCAGCACUAUUACCAGUCAACCUUGUCUCGAGUGCUUCCAAUAUGAUGGCCCCAGCCAAUGUUCGGCGUAUGAGCUCAAGACACGCUUCGAAGGUCAUCCCUGCGAAUAUCGAUACAAACCCUGAUACGAACUCAAAGAUUCAAGACGCCCCAUGUGCACUUCGAGCCUCACCUGACGCUGAAAUAGCAACAGCGGUCGAUAUCGGGAGUAAGAAGAAAAAAUCGAAAGGGGUUUCUGUCAAGAAUGCGGUAAAUGGAGGGGAUGGCCUUGCAACGCAUUCCGUGCUCCCUAAGUCCAGUCUCCCGACCAGAGGUAUCAAACAAAAUGAUCGAGAAGGAGAGACCGCUGAUCCCGAAGCUGAUGCUGCAGAGAAUGCCGACCCUCAGGAGCUGAACGAGGCUUGGUCUCGGCCGCCACCAGUCAACAGUGCCUAUCUUCCCCUGCCCUGGAAAGGAAGAUUAGGUUAUGCAUGCCUAAAUACCUAUCUUCGUUCUUCGAAUCCUCCGGUGUUUUCCUCACGAACCUGCCGCGUUGCAUCAAUCCUGGAACACCGCCACCCUCUCAAGGAUCCGGCUCAGCCAGAGCACCCGACCAAAAAUAGACCAGACAAAGACCAACCCGCCGAUAUAGCGAGAGGACAAGCCUACGUCGAAGCCCUUGGGAUCGCAAAUGCACGCGAUAUUGUGAAAAUGCUACGUUGGAAUGACAGAUAUGGCAUCAAAUUCCUUCGCCUGUCAUCUGAGAUGUUUCCGUUCGCAUCACAUGAUGUAUAUGGCUAUAAACUCGCCCCCUUUGCUUCUGAUGUCCUAGCAGAAGCUGGUGCUGUUGCAGCGGAACUAGGACAUCGCUUAUCGACACACCCCGGGCAAUUUACUCAACUUGGUUCACCUCGAAAAGAAGUAAUCACUGCAGCAAUCCGCGAUUUGGAUUACCACUGCGAGCUGUUGGACCUGUUGAAGCUUCCAGAACAACAAGAUCGAGAUGCCGUCAUGGUUCUACAUAUGGGAGGGGUGUUUGGCGACAAGGCUGCCACAAUCGCGCGCUUCAAAGAGCACUAUCUCCAACUGCCACAGAAGGUUAAAGAUCGUCUGGUGCUUGAGAAUGAUGAUGUCUGCUACAGCGUCCAUGACUUACUACCUGUAUGUGAGGAGCUCAACAUUCCUCUCGUACUUGACUAUCACCAUCACAAUAUCAUUUUCGAUGCGGAUAAAAUUCGCGAAGGGACAUUGGAUAUAAUGGAUCUCUAUCCACGAAUCAAAGCAACUUGGACUCGGAAAGGGAUAACGCAGAAGAUGCACUACUCUGAACCCACUCCGUCAGCAAUUACAGGGCGGCAACGACGAAAACACAAUCCUCGAGUUGCAACACUUCCGCCCUGUGCCCAGGACAUGGAUCUGAUGAUCGAGGCAAAGGAUAAAGAGCAGGCUGUGUUCGAGCUGAUGCGAACUUUCAAACUACCUGGAUUCAAUACUUUCAACGAUAUUCUCCCGCAUGUGAGAAGCGAUGAGAACAGGCCCCGGAAGCCUCUAAAGAAGCCAAAGAAGACCUCUACUAAAAAGCAGAUUAAAGGAGAAGGAGAAGAAGGACUGGCAGAAUCGGAGGACGAGGAGGAGGAGGCUGCGCCUCAGCAGCAGCAGCCACCUCCACUGGUUCCCGAUGAAGAAGUAGGCAUGGGCGGUCCUGAAGGCCGUGUAUACUGGCCACCUGGAAUGGAGGAAUGGCUACGGCCAAAGAAACGUGAAGUGAAGCCGCGAGAUCCAGAGAAGGUCAAGACCACCGCCGCACGGGCAGCAGCCCGUCGUGCAGAAAAGUCAGCAUGGCAGGCUGCGCAAGAGGCCAACAACAACGACGACGAGUCAGGACCAGCGAAACCGGCGCCGCCUCCUUCCCGGGAAAGAGAGCAGGCCUCGAAACCGAGGAGGCCUCAGCCUGCCCGUGCUUCCAGCGGGCGAACGGCAAGACGCAAGGUGAAUUAUACCGAAGAGGACGAGGAUUAA